GUCUUCGACCUAGAUUGUGUACACUACAACAAAUUAUGCCUCUCUAUCAACCGGCCUUUCUGCGGCAUAGCCAGCGCGUCUCUGAGUACACGACAGACACAAGAUAUCAGACUCACGCGUAUAAAAUUUAUAAGCCCAAGCUCCUCUCGUCAAACUAGAUCUUGCGAUUACCUUUCUCAAAUCAUUUCAAUGCGACACUCCGACUGCAAAGCUGUAGUCGAAACGUUGUCUCACUCGGUCCAACGAGGCAUUUCCCAUGUACUGCGCGCCUCAUACAAGAAGGGUUUCCCAUCGAAGAUCCUCGCUUUACCUGGGAGUGUCCGACAGAGAGCCUUCUCUAUUCCAUAAACCUCUCUGCCGGAUGGUCCAGACAGCUGCUCUUGCACGACAACUCCAAGUCAGGCCUCCCUAUCCUCGCCGAUACUGAGCUUGAAGGCAAAUGUGGAAUCGAAUCAUCAGGCAGGGUGAUCCCACGGCGCAGGAACGCAGUGAAGGACCAACACUGCUUCGGCAUGCAAGUCGGCCAAGGCGCAGGCCGACAUAUCGAAAGACUUGAACGGAGGCGCCCCUACAACAGUGAGGUCCAAAACGUCGGAGAAUCAAGAUACGGCUGGAAGCUUGUACGGCUGGAUCACGGAGCCGAAGAGCCUAAUAACGGAAACCCCAGCGAUGAACCAGAUCAGGGAAAUAAAAUUACAAACAACGGUCACGAGGUUGUGGCUGUGUGGACUGGGAGCGGUGAUUGGAAAAGUAUGCACAAUACUGGGCCUUUCCAACUUAUUGGUAGUGGUGCCACGCGUGAACUGGGGAUGCAGUGGAAGACUAUGUCGCUUGUGAGUUGUCUGUGCUUCUGGAAGAAGACAAUGCGUGAUAGUACUAACAUUACUUUCAACUAA